AUGUCUUCCCGAGGUUCUAACAAUAACCCAUCUAACGGCGCAUCUGACUCAUAUUCUACUGGGACUAAUUCCCAAGGAAAUCAGUGGUGCCACCGCGGCCCUUCUGAAGCAAAUGGUGGCAGUUACUACUACGCAAAUCAGGACUCCUCAUACUAUUACCAAAACAGCGAUGGAUCAACUUAUUAUAAUAAUG